GUUGGAAACAAGAAUGUAGAAGCUUGAUUGUGGCUGAGCCGUCGUCUCUGUACAGCAAAAUCUUUAAUCAUACAACAAACAAACAAACACCAUCGCACUUUCCUAUUCAUUUCACAUCACUCGCCUAAAUAACCUCCUCCUUCUUCUUCUUCUUCUUCUUAUCCAAUUCCAUAAAAUCUUUACUCGGAUCUGCUCUAGCGGGCGGCUGUGAUAUCUGUUUCCUAAAUUUAACCUCAGUUUUGUGUACAGAAUUAAAGCGAAAUCCAACCCACAGCUAGUCCACAAACCCCCUUUCAUCCUCAUCACAAAGUCUUCAUUUUUUCUUCCCACUGAUCUUAGAGGUGUGGGGCGAUAGUUUGAGAAGCAUGUUUGCGUUUGUAGCGCCUGUUUUGAUUGCGUUUCUUUUGGGUGUUUUUGUGGGAUGGGGUUGGAAACCCAAAUGGGCGAGGAGCUUGUGCUUGUGGAAUUCUAAUUUUGAUCUUUCUGCUCCCUUUAAGCUCACCGCACAUAGUUUAAGCUCUGUUGUGGACUAUUCUGUCUCGGAGAAGGAUCAAAUUGUAUUGCCACCGGAUCAUACUGCUGAAAGCAGCUCAUCGCUGCAAGAUAAGAAAAAGGAGAUUGGGAUUGUUACGGAUGUGGAUUUGGAACAUUUAUACCAUCUAGUUGAGGGGAGAAAGGAUGGUGGUCCCCCUUGGAAGCAUAUGAUGGAUCGUUCCACUCCUAGUAUGAGCUAUCAAGCAUGGCAGAGAGAUCCAGAGACUGGUCCUCCUCAAUACCGCAGCAGAACUGUGUAUGAAGAUGCAACUCCAGAAUUAUUAAGGGACUUCUUUUGGGACGAUGAAUUUCGAUUUAAAUGGGAUGAUAUGAUUGUACAUGCAUCAACUAUAGAAGAAUGUCCCAUCACCGGAACGAUGGUUGUCCAUUGGGUAAGAAAGUUCCCAUUUUUCUGCAGUGAUAGAGAAUACAUAAUUGGUCGUCGAAUAUGGGAAUCAGGAAGAUCAUAUUAUUGUGUUACCAAGGGAGUGCCAUGGCCUUCUAUUCCAAGACGGGACAAACCGAGGCGUGUUGAUCUGUACUAUUCAAGUUGGUACAUUCGAGCAGUGGAAUCGAGGAGAUCAGAUGGUGAAACGAGCAGUGCUUGUGAGGUGAUACUAUUUCAUCACGAAGACAUGGGUAUCCCGUGGGAAGUUGCAAAGUUUGGGGUUAGAUACGGUAUGUGGGGAACUGUGCAGAACAUUGAACGUGGGUUUCGAGCAUACCAGAAGUAUAGAGCAACCGGAGGUGCAAUUUCUCGGUGUGCAUUCAUGGCUCAAAUCAACACAAAACUUGAUCCGGCCUUCCUCGACUCAUCACCAGAGCCGGAGGGUAUUGAAUCUCAUUCAACCGAGUCUGAGUUGCCUGGGGACAGGGACAGGGGCAGGGGUAAGGGCUUCAACAUCCCAAAGCUCCUUGUUAUUGGUGGGGCUGUAGCUGUUGCUUGCAGUCUUGAUCCAGGGCUCCUACCUAAGUCACUUUUAGUUGAAGUUGCCAAACGGGUUGCAAGUAUAGGACGAGGACCGCGCUUACGACUUAUGACUGUCUCCUAAUCACACUAUACACUACUAUAACUAAUUUUGUUUACUUGCAUUCAUAGCUUAAAAAA